UACUUCGGACGGGUGAGCUGACGAGCUGCUUGAGACGGGCGGGCUGAUGAGCUACUUGAGACGGACCGGCUGACGAGAUGCUUCAGACGGGUGAGAUGACGAGCUGGUUGAGACGGGCGAUCUGACGAGUUGGUCUUUGUCUCUAAGUGUCCUCGCGGAAUCCCCCCCCUUUGACAAGACAUGCUAUUCCGUAUUUAUAGCCUUCUGCGUGUAGGGCACUCCUCCAGGGUUUUGACGAGCCUACCCUCUUGACUUAACAUUCUGCUUAGGCCUUUGACUUGGAUUUGGGCCUUGGGCCAAGCAAGCCCAAAUCUAACCCCUAACAGUUGCCCCCCAAUCCUGAUGCACUGUUGAUGACGUGGAUCAGGAUUUCAAGUGUUCGACUCUUAACCGAAGGAAACGAAAGGUCGCGCAUGGGGAAAACGCGAUGUCCAGCUUUCUUUUGCAUUUUUCGAGGCUCCAAUAUCUAGGCGUUGCAUGGCCGUUGUGGCAUAGGUGAUCAUUACAACGCUAUUCCCAUAGGCGUAAUGAGCUUGUCUCGGGAAUUGCUUAUGCGUCUUCUAUAAGUACUGUCCUCCUUUGAUCGUUUCACCCUUCAAUCGCUUUAGCAGAGGUACGAGUUCUUUCUCUCUUUUGUCUUGUUUUGAUUCGUUAUUUCUUUGGUUUCGAUGUCGUUGGGUUCGAAUUCUUCUCGGCUCGUCCCCGGUCGGACUCAUACUGGCGCCCUGGGCGAUUCGUCGACUCGAUCGGCCAAGUGUGAAGACGACGGCUCGUCGUUCGUCUAGAGGUCGAUCUCGUCAGAAUUUAGCGACUCGUUGGAAGAUGGGAAGGAUAAACCUAGACGCGAUCCCCAACUACUCGAGGAAAUACAAGGAGAAGAGAGCCGUUUCGGAGACUCCGCAGCCGUCUCUUUCCGAGGGACAACAGAUUGCAGAAGCUACAAGGAGAAGCCUCUUGGAUCAGGUCGGUCGUCGUGUGUUUGAGCCGGGAUGUUCGAAUCCUACUGGAAUGGCUUCUGAGAAGACGCGAGAAGAGGUUGAGGUUGUCGUCCCUUCCGAGAUGCGAGGCGAUGGUCAGGUUGCAAGGAGGGAGCUCGUACUUGGUCUUCAGAAUUCGUCUGGCACGUUUGGUGCAAGGAGGGUUGCUCCUGAAGUGGGUCGUGCGGAUGCUUCUAAACGACCGCGGGUAAGCGACCAUAGAUGGGGCUUUCGUUACGACGAUAUGGCUGCUCCCUUUACUUCUAAUUCUGUCGCUUGUGCUGAGCUUCUUCGUGAAAUUGGUCGUGGCUCGGGUAUUCCUUCGAUGCCCUUAGACUUGAAGGAGGAGAAAGUUUUCGCCGGAGCGGCCAGGAAGUCGAUCGAGGCGAUCGCCGAAUGGGAUCGUUUGACUUAUUUGUACGAGCGUUGUGUUCGGAGCCUUUCCGUAGACGCUACUAACGCGAAAGAUGCCCAUGAGGCUUUGGCCGUUGAAAAGGAAAAAGUAGCUCAGGCGCUGGCCGACCUGGCAAGGUCUCAAGACGACGCCAAGGAGAUGAAGAGGAAAUAUGACGAGUUAGCUGGUCGCGCUCUUUCGGAGAUGAAGAGGCUUCGAGAACGUCGACUUGAAUAUGCUGAAUUUGUCCGGAGAUCGGCCCUUGAUAAGAUGGCGGAGCUCGUUCAGAAGCGAUUGGAUCGUAUUAAAGCUCAUAUUGACGAUACGAAGGCGGCAGAACCAAAGUUUCUUGAAUUCAACCAAGUAUCUGGGAAUAUCAAGACUCUCGAGGCGUUGGUCGAAGGUGGCGAAGUGGAGAUGAAGUCGGAUGACAUGAUGUUAAGAUUGGUAGCGGAUGCAGAGGAAUUGGAGGCCGAGGUGAAAGCUUUUGGUAUCACCGAUCUUAUGGACGGCGACUUCGAUGUUCGUACUUUAUUUGCCGAGCUGAGUCCUGAUAAUCGUAAUUCCGUUCCACCGCCGACUGAAGGGGAAGAUCUCGCGGAUGGACGAGGUGAGUGCGAAGGCCAAGCUGGUGAAAGAAUCGUUGGUCAAACUGAAGUUCGAGACGAGAUCGCGGAUGCUAGAGACUGAUAUUCCAGGAGGCUAAGCCAAAGGGAAGAAGCGGAGCUCAGAUGCCUAAAGAGAUCCCAAUAUGGCAAAACAAAAAAUAUUCUAAAAACUGAAUAAUCAACGAAUUUUAUAUUAUGUGACCAAAAAAUGAAAACAGAAACUAUGUAACAAUCAUCA